AUGAAUAAUAAUACUAUAUAUUUAAGAGGUGGAGGUUGUGGUACCUCUAAAAAAGAUCCAAAAUAACAUAAAUAAGAAAUGGAAAGAGGUAAAUAAAAAGUUGAUAUGACUGAAAAAGAAAAAAUGGCAAAACUUAUUCAAUAACACAGUGAAAUUAUUUCCAAAAAUGCUAUCAUAGCUAUGAGUGAAAAAAAAAAACUAAUGUCUAGUUUCUAAUUCUUCUUAGAUAAUAGAUAAGAAUUAUGGGGAAUUAUAGUUGAUAAAGAAGAAUCAGCUUAAAUAAUAGAUAUUAUAUUAAAUAAUCUUAAGCCUUUACUUGAAGCAUUAAGAACUUUAAUAAAAGGAUUUGUAGCAUAUUCUGUCUAUUUAUCAUAAAUCAUCUAAUUGUUAUCUUGGAUAAUCUUUUGUUUUUAUAGUAAUUCUAAAGAAAAUAAAGAGAGAUUUAUGAAAGUUAAUGAUUAAACUUAGUAUCUUGAGAUUAUCAACUAAAUCAAAAAAGAAAUAGAAAUAGAAAAAAAUAUAGAUAAAUACUAAAAUAAUUUAGAAUAUGAACUCUAUAUAAUAGAAUCAAUAUUUACUAUUGUUCCUACAGAUAGUGAUGAAGCUAAGGAAAUAGCAGCUUCUUUUCUUAUUGGAGCAGCAACUUCAUUUCUAUCCUUCUCAAUAAAUGAUGAAUUUUUGACUAGUUUAAAAAAAGGAGUAAUCUAUAUUUAUAAUGAACAUGACAAAUCUAGCAGAAAAAAAAUACUAAAAAUUAUAUUUGCUUUAUUAUAACUCAAAUAUGAAACUAUAAAUAAGAUUUAAAAAAGUGAUUAAGCAAAAAACUGUGUUGAUUUAGAUCAAUUAAAUAAUGUUUAUAAUGAUGUAAUAAGCAAAUCUUCAGAUUGGCAAGUAUGGUGUACAUGGACUAAAGUGUUAUCACAAUUAUUUUAAUAAAAAUUGAUUUUACCUUUAGAUAAAAUUUAAAGUCUUAAAAUAUCAAAUGAACCUUAUAUUCAUAAAAAUGAAAUUAGAAAAACAUGUUGGUUGAAUAUAGAUAGUAGAUUAAUUGAAAAUAAUGCAACUGCUAAAUUAAUUUAUCAAAAUAUAGAAGAAUUAUAAGAACUUGGAAGAUUGUAAUAUACAAUUUUAUAUGGAUAUAAAUAAAUGCCAAGUUUUGAAUCAUUAUACUCUUCUAAACUUACUUAAGCAAUUGAAAAAGAGAAUUUUGAUGCAUUUCAAUUUAAUUUAAGUUCAGUUUCCAUAAUGUUACAUAAUUCAUAAGAAAUCUAAAAAGCUUAAGAAUAAUUAUAAUAACAUAUUGAAUUAUUGAGUACUACAAACAAAUCUAAAAUAUAAGAUAUUGAAAAUUAUCUUAAAAAAGCAAUUAAUAAUACAAUCUAAUUAUUAGAAUCUAUAAAUUCAUUACAUGAAAUUGAGCAUCCAAAUGAUAAUGAAUUAGAGUCUCCAAAAUAACCAGUUGGAUAAAAUGCAAUAUUUUAAAGUUAAUUGAUAUAGAAUCAAUCACCUAUUUAAUAAAUUGAAGAUAAAGAAGAAAAAUGGUUAGAAGAAAUUGUUAAAUUGAAAAAAAGUUUAAGUAUAAAAUUUGUAUCAUUCUUUUUAAAAAGUUUACUUAUCAAAAUUAAAAAUUAAUCAAAAGAAAACUAGUAAAAAGAGAUAGAUGAUAAAACAAAGGAAGAAUAUCAAAUAGAUUUUAUAUUAGGUGAAAAAAAAUAAGAUAAAGAAUAAAUUAAUCAAAAUAAUUAAGUACAAGAUUAGAUUAUACAAAAUAAUAAUUAAGAUUAAAUUAUUCAAAAUAAUAAUUAAGUUUAAAAUUAAAUUAUUCAAAAUAAUAAUUUUGAUUAAGAUUAAAUUAUUCAAAAUUAUAAUUAAGAUUAAUAUAAAUUAAAUGUAUUAGAUCUUUUAUAAGAAAUAGAAAAGAAAAAAGUAGAGAAAAAAAAAACUAAGACUCCUAAAUAUAAAGAAAUUGUUUUAAUAUUUAAGAAAGACCCAUUUAAAAUAGAAAAUCUUUAAUAACUGCAAUCUAGACUCAAAUAUAUAUCUAUUAAGCGAUCUAAACAUCAAAUGAAGAAUGAUGAGGAAUAUAAAUUUGGAUUUAAAGAAGGUAUUAAAUUGUUAUAGGGAGGAUCAGCAUUCCUUAGAUGGAAUUUAAAAUUAUUUGUAAAAAUGAAAUUCUACAUUUAAGAAUUAAGCUAAAAUUAAUAUAAUGAUAAAUAACUAAAUUAAUAAGCAAAUCAGAUAAUAGAUUCCUUAAAAGGAUUUUCAUUAUAAUUAGCCUCAUUAAAAGCUCUACAAAAAUGUAUUAAGUUUUUUUACAGCAAAUAUGAUGCUUGCAUAAAAUAUAAACUGAUUAGAAAAGUUUCAUAAAAAAGAAAUGUUAUUUAUUAAGUUUUGAAAACCAUUACACUAAAAAAGUUUGAAACUCUCAAUAUGGUCUAUGCAAUUCAUAAGGAAACAAUAAGAAAAGUAAAAGAGACAGGAGUAAUAUACAUUUGUUAAUCAAUAUUUUAAGCCAUUUAAAAUGAGCAUGAGAAAUUUCUAGAUGAUAUUGUUCAACUUAAACGAGCUAUUUAAAUGAUAAUCGAAUUAUUAAAUGCUGAUGAAAAAAAAAAUAAUAAAGAUUAAGAUGAAUUUAAAAUUUUUACAAAUCAAGAAAUUUUCAAUUAAGUAAAAAUAGUAAAUCCAGUUAAUAAUGUUUAAUGGUUGUAAAAUAAGGAUUUCUAUUUUAAACUAACUCUUUUUUAUUAAAAUUAUUGUCAUUCUUUUCAAAGUUGGUAGAAAAAAAAUAAAAAUUAUUCUCAAAAUGUUGUUUAGUAGAUUUAAAUGAAACAAUAAUUGAUAAAAGAAUAUCUAGAAAAAAUCGAGAUAGCUUAAGAAUACAAAACAUUAUAAGAAGAAGAUGAUUAAUUUAAAUAAGAAUUAUAUAAUGAAGUAUAAUCUCAUCUAGAAUCUUUAUUAAAGUCAACUAUCUAGAGUGAAUAAGAAAACUUUAAAGCUGAAUAAAUUUCUCCAAAAGAAAAUCUUCACUUUUUUUAAUUUUUAUUUGAUAAUAUUAAGGAAAUUGAACAUUAAGUCUAAGUUUAAUUUGACAACUUAAAAUUUAUAAAUUAAUAAUAAGGUGUCUUUUCUACUUUGAUAAAUAAUUCAUUACUACUCAAAAGAGCGAAUAGUCAAUAUCAAAUUAAAAUAGAACAAAAUGAAAAAAAAAUAAAAGACUUAGUUGGGAAUUAUGAAGAAAAAUUACCUUAAUAAGUAAUUGAAUUAAAAGAUCUAUAAUAAAGAUUUUAUGAUUAAAAAUUAAUUCUUAGUCCUAAUUUAAAAUCAGAAAUAUUCUUUAUAUUGACUUAGAUAUGGAAAAAGGAGGAUGUAACAUCAGAUCCAAGUUAUUACGAUAAAUUUGCAGAAGCAGCAAGUGACUUAAUAAAUAAAAAUAAAUGGAGAGUCAGAUAAUCAUGUAUAUAUGAAUUGAUGUACUUUAAGAAUAGUUGUUUGACAUAGGCUACUGUUGAUUUGGCUAAAGGAUUAUUAGUAAAAUGUAGAAUAUAUGAAACAGAUAGACGAAAUAAAUAAUUAUUGGAUGAUUAAGAUGAAAAUUAAGUGGUAAGUAUGUUUUAAUAAUGUUGGACAUAAUAAGAAGAAGAUGUCUAAACUAAAAUUAAACAAAAAUUAGAAGAAUUGAAUGAUAUAGCAUAUAAAAUAACAAUAGAAACAAAAUAAUAUGAGAAAUCUAAAUUCAAGAAAAGAUAUGUUGAAUUAGAAAGUGAAAUACAAGGUAUUGUUAAGAAUGCAGAGAGUCUUGGAAAUUCACUUGGAACAAGUUUAUUGUUCUUUUAAGAUAUUAAAAAUGAUUUAGUUAACAUUUAAUCUUAAUUAAAAAAUUUAUAAGGAUCUAUUGAUUAAAUCCAUAAAGAUAUUUAAUUAUUGUAGGGAAGAAGUAUAAAAGAUUUACUCAUCAUUAGAAUGUAAAGAGUAUUAUAAUAGAGAAUUAUUUUAAAUUCUGAAAAUGUGUAUGUGCCAAUAAAAACAAAAGAAAAAUAAGUAUUAGAAAAUUAGGAAGAUGAAGAAACUCCAUUAUAUACAGAUGAUUUGUUUAGUAAUGGAGAAAUAAAUGAAUUUAUUUGGAAGUAAUAGAAAUUAAGUUUAUUGAUCCAUGGACAAGCUGGAUCAGGAAAGAGUACAGCAGCAAGAAAGAUAGAAGAAUUUUUAUGGUUAUUAUUUAAGAAAAAUAUUAACAUAGCAGAGUCUAUUCCUAUUAUUCCUAUAUUUGUAUCUUUACCUUAAUUGAAGGAUCCAUUAUCAAUGGCUAUAGAAGAGACAUUAAAAUCAGAUAAUUACAGAUUUAAUGAUAAAUAGAUAAUUGAAUUUAAAGAAGCAGUUGAAUAGAAUUAAUUUAAAUUAGUUAUUAUUAUGGAUAGUUAUGAUGAAAUAAAAUCAGAAUUUACAAAUAGAAAUCUUAUACUUUCAAAUAAGUUGUAUAAAUGGAGAUGUUAAUCAGAUGAAUAGAGAUUUCCAAAGAUAAUAACAACAUCAAGAUCAGAAAUAUUCAUUAAUAAUGAAUAUAGAUCUUGGUUUUUACCAGAAUCUGAAAAUCUUUAAUAUUAUAAAGAAAUUAGAUUGUUAAAUUUUACUAAUGAAUAAGUGAAUACUUAUAUUGAAUAUCAUACAAUUUUAUCAGUUAAAAAAAUCAUCAAAGAUUUCUACUUUAAUAAUAAGGAUAAUUCAGGUUUUUUUGCAUUUGAAGAAAUAUUUAAUGAAAUUAUCAAAGUUAUCAAUGAAAAAGAAUAAGAAGAUGAUAAAUAAGAUUAAUAAUUUUUAUUAUCUAAAAAUUAGAUAAGAAGAAUCUUAUCUUUGUGUGAGAGUUUUGUAAGUGGAGAUAUAGCAAUGACUAUGUAAUAAUCUUUAGAGGAAGUUUGGUAUAAAGAAUAUUAUAUAAAGAACAUUCGAUAAAUGGAUAUAGGAUCUUUAUUAGAAACACCAUUUAUGAUUGAAAUAGUAGCAUCUGUUUUACCUUAAAUGAUAAAACAUAGAUAAGAAUUAAAUACUUUGAAAGAAUCAUUUAUGAAAAAGCUAUCAUAAUAAGAAAAUUUCUCUAAUGAAUAAUUGUCAAAAGAAUGGUCAAAGAUUAUCAGUAAUGAAUAAUUUUUGGAUGAAUACUUAAAAGUUUCAAAUGAUUCUGAUAGAGAUAGUUUAAUUUCUAAACAUUUUAAAAAACUAGAUAAUUUUUAAAUACUUUAAAAUGCUAUGAAAUUAGAUCCAUUAUGUUCAUAUGAUUUUUAUGAUUAAUUUUUUGCUUAAUAUUUUAAAAGAUAAAUAAACAAACUAAUAGAAUCUGGGGAAUCCUUAGCUUACAUUUCAAAUUUAUCUGAUCUUUGGGAAUUCACUCAUAGAUUAGCUAACGAUAUGACAUUAUAAUAAGUAAGUUAAGUAUAAUAUAUACCACGAAUUUUGCUAUUCUAGAAAAAAAAGGAUGUAGAUUGGAGAGAUAUUUAUUUCAAUGAUGAAUAAGAAUAAGGUUAAAUUAAAAAGUUAUUUAGAAAGAUAAUGCCAAUAAAAUAAAAAUAUGGAAUAUAUUCUUUUAAUCAUAAAUCAUUAUAAGAAUUUUUGGUGGCCAAAUGGUUAAUUUAAUAAUUAGAUUAAUUUAAUCAAAGUCUAAAUUCAAAUGGUAUUGAUAAUUAACUAGAUGAUUUAUGUGUUCAUAAUUUAUCCAAAGAUUCCAUGAAUGGAGUUCUAAAAUUUAUGGUUGAUAAAUUAAAUCAGAAUUAGUUUUUGUAAAAAAAACUAUUUGAAAUUACCAUUCUAUCUAAAAAUAUACAAAAAAAUGAUUAAAAUAAAAUAUAAGGUAGCAUGAAAGUAAGUUAAACUAUUUAAUUAAAAAGAGCUCAAACUCAACUUCUAGCCUAAUAGAAUUUUACAUAAAAUUUAUAUACAGAUGAAGAAGUAACUUAAAGAAUCAUUCAAGCAAGUUCAAAUUGUUUAUAUCUUCUUCAUUUAUUAAAAUAUCCAUUAAAUAAAGAUUUAAGUUAUAUUAAAAUUAAUGAUAUUCAAUUGCUCGAUAGUAAUUUUGUUGGUGCAAACUUAUUGAAAUCAGAAUUUAGUAAUGUAAAUAUUUCUUAGAGUAAUUUUAAUUUUGCAAACCUUUAAGAUGUAGUAUGGAAUGACAUCUUAAUAGAUGAAUUACCAAGCAUUGAAACAAAGCUAAAUCUUCCUUAACAAUCCUUUUAUUUUAAUUAUAUCAAAUCAGAAGAUUUAUUAAUUUUUAAUACUAAAGAUAAGAUAGUCUCGUUUAAUUAUAAAACUUAAACAGAAGCUGUAAGAAAAAAUGAAUCUGAAUAUAAUAUUUCUAAUGUAAAAUAUAUUUUGGUUUCUCAAAACUAAUCUAAUCAAAAAAUAGCAUAUUUUCAUAAUGAUUCAAUUACUUUAAUUUCUACAAUUAAUUCGAAAAUAAAAUUACCAGAUGGUUUUAUUUUUUAAACAGCAUAUUUUACAUAAAAAGAUGAUCUCAUUAUUGGUCUCAUUAUUGGAUCAGAAAAGUUAUUAAUUAGAUUGGCAACUGAUGUUUAAUAAGAAGAAAUAGUUAUAAAUGAUAAUAAUAAUAUAUAUUUGAAUCAACUCGUCCUCAAAAAGAUUAUUCAAAUUGCAAGUUAUGAGAAUGAUAUUAUAUUUUUAUCGGAUAGAGACGUGAUAUUCAUUAAAGAAAUUGACAAUAAAUAUAUUUAUUUUUAGUUCUAAAUUAAAUGUUCACAUAAAAAAUGUAAAAAUUAAUAAAUUGAUGAAAAUAAUGAGAACCAAUACGAAUGUUAAUUGUUAUAAAAAUAUACUUGUAUUGAAGUUAGUGAAAAUUAGAAUUUGUUAUUAUUCGGAUAUCUGGAAGAAGAUGAUUAUAAGUCUAGUGGAAUUCUAGUAAUAGAAAAAUAAUAUUUAACAUAACAACCUCAGGAUAAAAAUUAAGAAUAAAAAUAAUAUAUUACUACUGAUAAAUUUAUACAAUUAGAUAUACCUGGAGAGGACUAACUUAAAGCAUAUUUUGUUGAUGAAGAUAAAUAUAUAUUAUCUUUUUCUUAUUCUAAUAAUCUUACUUAUAUGAAAUUAUGGAAUUAUAAAGAGAAAAAGAUAAUAUCUUCCACUAUUUUGGAUGGGCAAAUAAAAUAAAUGACCAAAAUAUCUGGCUUAUUAAUUUCCACAAUCAAUAAUAACGGCAAGAUUUAAAUAUGGGACUUAUAAGCUCUACUCUAAUAAUAAAACUCAAAUCCAAAAUCUACUAUUACAUGUUGCAUUUUCUCAACUGAUAGAAAUAUUAUUUCAGGAAACUAACAUGGAAUCAUAUAAAUUUGGGAUAGAUAAAAAGGAACUAAAAUUGGAAAAGAUUUAGAAAGUCACACAGCAGCAGUAUCAUCAUUAGUAAUAAGUCAAAAAGAAAAUGAGAUUUUAAUAUCUGGAGAUACUUAAGGAAAUAUCAAUUUUUGGAACCUUUUAAAAUAUGAACUCUUUAAAUCUUUAUAUAUCAUUAGUCCUAUUAAAUCUUUGAAUAUGAUUGAAAUAGAAAAAAAUUAUUAAUUGAUUACACAUAGUUAAAAUUAUCAUUAUAUACAAUUAUGGGAUAAGGAAUUUAAAUCAUAUUAAUUAUUUUGUGAAAAUCAAAAUAAUAUAAAAAUUAAUCAAAUAGAAUUAUAAUCGAUCAUUCAAUUUUUACAAAAUAAAUCGACAAGAAGUUCCCCAAAAAAAUAUGCUGAUUCUACAAAACUAAAAGAUUGUUAGGCUUUUGCAAUCGGAAAAUAUACAAAUAAUUUUUAUUUUGCAUAAUCAUUAUUAGAUGAGAAUCAAUAAUAAACAAAAGAUAUACUAAUCAAUAUUUAUUAUGAAGAAUUUAAAGAAUAAAAAAGUUAGGAUGAAACUAAAGAACAACUUUUCUUCUCUAGAAGUGUAAUAUUAGAAUUUGAAAAAAACAAUACAGAGACAGAAAUUGUCUAAAUAAUAAAAGAGAUCAACUAAAAAAAAAUAUUAGUUACAACUAAUACUAAAAUAUUUAUCAUAAAAAUUUCAAAAUUAGGUAUUGAGAAAAAAAGGUUUGAUUACCCUAACAUUGGAAAAAUCCUUGAUGUUUAAAUUGAUGAAGAUUUAUUAUUUUGUUGUGGAAAUAGUGUUAUUAUUAAGAAUAUUAGAUCUGGAAAGGAUAUACCAUCCUCUAUUAAAACAAUCAAUUAAAAUGAAUAAUAAAUAGAAAUGAUAGGAGAAUAAGACUUUUUUUGUUCUCUUCUUUAUUAUCGAAAGAAAAAUACGUUAUUUAUAGGUAUGACAAGUGGUAAAAUAAUUGAAUAUGAUUUACUAUAAUGUAAUUCUCAAGUACAUUAUUAACAUAAAAAAUAAAUAAUAUACUUAUAAAUUCAUACAAGAUAAGAUGGCCUAUAGGAUGUAUUGGUAACUGCAGGAAAGGAUUCCUUAAUAUAUUUUUGGCCUCUAACUAUUCAAGACUUAAAAUAAUUGAAACCUACUGAUUAAAAAUAAAUUUUAUUGGAAGAUUCAGAAAUUAACAAAUUUUGGUACUUUGAUUAAGAGAACUAUUUUAUUUGUUAAAAUUAAAGUGGUUAUUAUCUUGCUGCUUAUUUUCCUGAUGGCUUGAGUUAUUACAAAAUUUCAGAUUAUGAUCCAACAAGUAUAUGUGAUUAUAAUAAUAAGAAAUAAGCCUUUUAUUAGCUCACAUUUAAAAAAAAUUCUUCUCAUGAUUCAUCUAAAAAAGCAGAGCUAACUAAAACUAUGGUUUUAUAAGAAGCAAUUAAAGCUCAUUACUAAGAAAAUAAUAAUUAUAAAGCUGAAUUUGUGCUUCUUGAUCAUAAUAAAUCCUAAAUUAUCACUGCUGAUGAUGAUGGAAAUAUCCUAUUUUGGAGUCCUAAUGGAGAUCAUACAGAUAAAAUUAAACCAUUUGAUACCGAUUAAGCAUUGCAAGUCUAAAUUAGUAUAUCUCAAAAAUUUAAUUCAAUUAUCUGCGGUUGUUUUGAUGGUAAUUCUAAAAAAUAUUUGAUUGCUAAGAUUUCACUAGAAGAUUAAAAAAAAUAAGAUAUUAUAAUAGCAUUCGGUGAAGAUAAACCUACAUUAAAAUAAUUGUAAAUCUUAAGUCAAGAUUUAAUUUUGAUUUUAACAGGGGGCUCAACUAACAAUAUAAAUAUUUACUCUAUUAAAGCAGAAUAAUUUAUAUAAUAAAUGAAAAAUUUAUCAAUUGGAUCUGCUGUUUUGACAGAAUAUGGAUAAAAUAAAGAGAGUGUCUUUUUAACUUAUGGAGAAUUUAAUCAAUUAACUUAUUAUGAAAAAAUUAAUGAAAAAUAUGGAUCAAGAUUCAGAUUUGGUAAUGCUAUAAAAAAAUUUUCUUGUCAUUAUGCCAAUAUUACAAAUUCUAAAUUUCUUUCAAAACAUCAGAUAGAUUUAACUAAAAUAUUUAAUUAAGGAGAUUCAGUUUGA